GCUAAGUGAGUGCUCAACACUGAAAAACCCUUUUGUUAUUUUCACCAUUUCCAUUUGGGUUCAUCACUCAAAUGCUGCACACAAAUUCCCUGUUUCGCUCUUCUUCAACUUUCUCAGGUAUUGGAAGAAACAAUUCUGGGCUAAUUGAAAGUUUGAAUCUUUUGGGCCACUAAAAUUCCUCCAUAUAUUGACCUACAUAUUCCAACUUUGAAGUUUGGAGACCCUAAAAAUCAAAAUGGCAACUUGUGUGUCAACAAAUUUUGCACCUUUUAAUGCUAGAAAUUCAGCAGGGGUGCUGGAUGUUGUUAGAGGAAGAACAUUGACAGAGAAUUACCCUGGGAGAGCUUGCUUUAUGAAAAUGUAUGACCGCAAGAAUGGAUUUUCGGGUGGCAUUCAAAAGUUGGGUUUAGUUCAAGUUAAGUGUUCAGCCAAUUCCCACAGUGUGAGUCCAUAUCAUAGCCAAGACCCUUUUCUAGAUCUUCAUCCUGUGGUGUCAAUGCUUAGAGGAGAAGGUAGCAAUACAGUGAACAGCCCAAUAAAGGAUAGUUCAGGUGGGGAUUUCCCCGAGAGCUUAGGAGCUACGACUAGUCAAAGUAGUUACAGUGCAGCAAAGAUCAAAGUUAUUGGUGUGGGAGGUGGUGGCUCGAAUGCAGUCAAUCGCAUGAUAGAGAGCUCGAUGCAUGGUGUAGAGUUUUGGAUUGUUAAUACUGAUGUUCAAGCCAUGAGAAUGUCGCCUGCCUUUCCUGAGAACCGUUUGCAAAUUGGUCAAGAGCUUACGCGAGGUCUUGGCGCCGGUGGUAACCCUGAGACUGGCAUGAAUGCUGCAAAAGAAAGCAAAGAAUCAAUAGAAGAGGCAGUUUAUGGAGCUGAUAUGGUCUUUGUUACUGCUGGAAUGGGUGGAGGAACUGGCACAGGUGGUGCUCCGAUUAUUGCUGGUGUUGCGAAGUCAAUGGGUAUACUGACUGUUGGUAUUGUCACCACCCCUUUCUCGUUUGAAGGACGAAAGAGAGCUAUUCAAGCUCAAGAAGGAAUUACUGCCCUAAGAGAUAAUGUUGACACGCUAAUAGUGAUUCCAAAUGACAAGCUACUAACAGCAGUUUCUCAAUCUACCCCGGUAACUGAAGCAUUCAAUCUGGCUGAUGAUAUUCUUCGACAGGGUGUUCGCGGCAUAUCUGAUAUAAUUACGAUACCCGGGAUGGUAAAUGUAGAUUUUGCUGAUGUUCGAGCUGUAAUGGCCAAUGCAGGCUCUUCACUAAUGGGGAUAGGAACUGCAACUGGGAAAACAAGGGCAAGAGAUGCUGCAUUAAAUGCUAUUCAGUCACCUUUACUGGAUAUUGGUAUAGAGAGGGCUACUGGAAUUGUAUGGAACAUAACUGGUGGGAGUGAUCUGACCUUGUUUGAGGUAAAUGCUGCAGCAGAGGUUAUAUAUGACCUUGUGGACCCUACUGCUAAUCUAAUAUUUGGAGCAGUAAUAGAUCCAUCACUCAGUGGUCAAGUAAGCAUAACAUUAAUUGCUACUGGAUUCAAGCGUCAAGAGGAAAAUGAAGGGAGGGCUAUACAGGCCAGUCAACUCACACAGGGAGAUACAUUCAAUGGUAUCAAUAGGAGAUCUUCCUCUUUCAUUGAUGGUGGUUUGGUUGACAUCCCUGAAUUCUUAAAGAAGAAAGGACGCUCACGCUAUCCAAGGACUUGAUACUCUUUUCCCCCUACUUCUUUAGUCCCUUGCAUUUCUUCACCAAUGCAUCAAUUUUUACUUUAGGAUAUAAGUACCAUUGGUCUAGGUAUUAGGUUCAUGUCUUGCCCUUUGCUAGCUUUUAUUCAGAGUUGUGCAUACAGUUUGUUCAUGAAAUAAUUACUUUCCAGACUUGUGGCGCCUAACUUGAGGUAUUUCAGCAUUUAUGCUUUUCUUUGUUGGCAUAUUUUAAUUAGUUUAUUAGCUUGGAUUCUUGUACAGAGAAUAUUUCAGUAAUUCGCAGAGCUUGUUAUAGUUCUGUGC